AUGCCAGCCAGCAAAACUCCCACCGGCAAGACAAAGCUCUCGAUCAACGGCCUGGGAAUUGUCGAAGGUCUCAGCUUCCCGAACAACGUUCAUCAAUUCUGCGGCAUUCCCUACGCAACAUUAUCCAAGAGAUGGACACGCUCUCAAUUGAACACCUCAUGGCCAGGCAACUUCCACGAUGGGACAAAGCUAGGACCCAGCGCACCCAAUCCACCCGAAUACAACAUCGCUGAAGACCCUCUCGUCCCAGUUGCUAUUGCGCCCCAUUUUGAAGAACCAGUCGAAGAUGAGCUCAGCUGUCUUGUCAUGAAUAUCACGACGCCGACGACACAUGCAAACACAAAACUCCCAGUUAUGGCCUAUAUCCACGGGGGCUCGUUCCUCUUCGGCGGUGCAAACAAGGGCGUUUUCGAUUGCGUCAACUUUGUCACCCACGCCGCAAAUCGUAACACCCCCAUUGUGGCCGUCAACUUCAACUACCGUGUUGGCCUGGGAGGCUUUUUGGCUUCUCCUACGAUCAAGGCUGACCUGGAACGCGACGGCUUUGAAGGUGUGGGCAACUUUGGCCUCUACGAUCAACAGGUUGCCCUCCAUUGGGUCAAUCGUUACAUCGCCUCCUUUGGCGGCGACCCAGACAACGUCACCAUCUACGGAGAGUCCGCCGGAGGUAUGAGCGUGUCUCAUCAGAUAGCUGCACAGAACCCGGCACCUUUCCAUCGGGCCAUCGCAAUGUCUGGUCAUCUGAACACCAUCCCCACAUGGACGUUAGGCCAUCACGAGAAGCACUACCGGGCACUCCUCAAAUAUCUCCACAUUGAUCCGGAUUCGCCGUCGGCACUUGAUCAACUCCGAAACGUCCCUCAAGAUGUCGUUUCCCAUGCAACGAUCCAUGUAGAAGGUAUCUUCAACGCAACUGGAAAUCCAUGCGACGAUGGCGUAUUCCACGCUGUGAGACCAUCUUUUAACGCCAUCUCCUCACCUGCUUCGUGGCUCAAAGGGUACAUGGUCGGAGACACACUCGAUGAAGGCAUGAUCUUCUACGAAAGCUUCUGCGAAGACAACUUCUCUACUAUCCGAGCUGGCAUAGCUUCACGGGUUGGCGUAGAUGCCGCGGACACCAUACUCGAGCUUUACGGAGUCACACCAGAUUUGCCCAAGGACGAAUUCGUUAAGCGCAUGGAAGACAUGGCCGGUGAUGCGACAUUCAAGGCCCACAACUGGGUUGCAUCUCAUCGAUCAAACAUACCCCAGACAUUUGGGUACCACUUCGAUCAAGUCUGCGCGCAUGAGAGCCCUUUCAAAGGGCUCGCAUAUCACGCCAUCGAUCUGCUAUAUCUGUUUCUUAACUUCGACGAGUAUAUGACUGAGGGUCAGCGGGAGCUUGCGAGAACGAUGGCCAACCACUUUAUCGACUUUUCCCACGGUAAAGAUCCCUGGCCCCGUGUCAGCAACGGUGCCUCGUGGAUGCGGUAUGGCCAAAAUGACGUUCAUAAAGUCGUGACUGAGGCCGAGGAUGAAAAGGUCCGCAAGUACUCCCGAAUGCAGAAGAUCAUGGAUAUGGGCAUCUACGAAGAGUUUACGUUGGCGAUAGAUGACAUUUCAGGCAAGAGACAUCGAAUGGGCACGUUCGAGUGGAAGCCUGAUCAAGCAGGUUAUGUAGCAAGGGACAUGGAGGUUUUGGAUGGCGUGCAUGUCCAGUCGGUUCUGGCUGAUGAGGUUAGAGCUGGAGAGACAGUUGCAGCUUAG